AGGUCUCGCAGAGUCCAUCAUUCAGUCGAGAAUUAAUUCAAGUGAUAACCGACGAUAACUCUACACAAUCGAGAAUUUCGCUGGCGAAUUAGCAACUGUUUGUGGAUAAAAAUGAAGAUGCAAACGAUUUUGGUUUUUGUUGCAACACUCUUUGUUGUUAUUGGUGCUCACGAUUUGGGGGUCGAAACCUUCCUGAAGGACAAAACAUUUGUUAACAAAGAAAUUGAUUGUAUGUUGAACAAGGCACCCUGCGAUAUAAUCGGACAAAUGAUCAAAGAUAUAUUACCCGAUGCAUUGAACAAUGAUUGUGGCCAUUGCUCAUCCAUUCAAGCCAAGAUCAUGCGUCGUCUGAUGGACUUCAUGGAGACCUCCCACCCCGAACUAAACCGACAAAUUCGUGAAUUAUAUCCCCCCAACCAAGGCUAGACGAUACCGACAAACAAAGUAAAUAUUUUGCCACUCAGCACUGACUACAAUUAUCUUUAUUCGACUCUCAUAGACCAAUUGAAAUUUAUUCUCAGAAUUAUUCGCCUGUGGCGACUAAAAGCCAACUCCUACUAUUCGUUACUGAUAAUUAGUCAUUGCGACGAAUGGCAAAGAGAGAUUUGAUGAUUAAACUGCUGCGCAAUGAAAAAUACAGUUUUCCGGCCAUUAAAAUUACACAAUAAAUGACAAAACCAAUGAUUUUAUGUUAACAACAAUAUUUAUUACAUAAUUACGAUAUAAUAAUAACUUCUAUGAUGUACAGUACAUUGUCGCACUAAUGUUCUUAUUAUCAUAAUUAUUAAAUGGAAUGAUACAAUUA